UGUUAACAGUGGGUGACGUCAAAAUAAGGAUAUCAGUCAUGUUUCAUGGAAUACCAGCAUCUGGUGUGAUGGGAGGGGCACCUGCCAACAAGCCAGAACUUUAUGAGGAAGUAAAAUUGUACAAAAAUGCCAGAGAAAGGGAAAAGUAUGACAACAUGGCAGAGUUGUUUGCUGUGGUAAAGACACUUCAAGCCCUGGAGAAAGCAUACAUUAAAGAUUGUGUGACUCCUAAUGAAUAUACUGGAGCUUGCUCAAGAUUGCUUGUCCAAUACAAGGCUGCUUUCAAACAGGUCCAGGGAUCAGAUGUGGGGUCCAUCGAUGACUUUUGCCGGAAAUACAGACUUGAUUGUCCACUAGCAAUGGAGAGGAUUAAAGAGGAUCGACCAAUCACCAUCAAGGAUGACAAGGGCAACCUGAAUCGUUGCAUUGCAGACAUAGUAUCUCUGUUUAUCACAGUGAUGGACAAACUUCGACUAGAGAUUCGUGCCAUGGAUGAGAUCCAGCCUGACCUGAGAGAACUGAUGGAGACCAUGAACAGAAUGAGCAACAUGCCCCCAGAUUCAGAGGCCAAAGACAAAGUCAACCUCUGGUUAACAACACUAAGCAGCAUGUCUGCAUCUGAUGAGCUGGAUGACUCCCAGGUUCGCCAGAUGCUGUUUGACCUGGAAUCUGCCUACAACGCCUUUAAUCGAUUCUUGCACUCUUCUUAAACGCUCCCUGAUCUCUUUGAACUCUUCCACAAGCUUUUUUUUCUUUUAUAAGCAUCUGUGUUUAAAUGUUCCUAUAUUCCCCAUUUCUCUUAAAUGUUAAAGUUGUUAACAAUGAGACCCUUUAUCCACAUGGGUUUCUCUGGACUGAGGCUAAUCAUGUCUUCAUAGGUUUUUUGUUUCCUUUAAAUUUAGAAAGAAAAAACUUGAAACUUACUAACUGAGUUUGUCUGACAAUGCCUAUAUUUUCCUUAUGUAGUCUAAAAGCAUUCUCUAAAAUGACCUGAUCAUUAGGCUUUCAAAAACAGAGUUUAUUCUGUUUAGAGAAUUUGUGUAUUUGUAUACAUGCCUAUACGGUUGUAGAGUAUCUUCAAGGGAAGUGAGCUAGGGAGUUGCUGGCAUUUCCUUGUGUUAUAAGCAUAUGACUCGUUACUUUAUGGAUCUCAUAAUAAUAUAUUAUAGGAUGAGCUUUGAUAAUGGAUUUUCUAACAAAUUACAAUUACGACAAUAACAUCUCAUAGCCAGCUUCAUAUUUUUAUUUGAGUUUUUCGAAGUGUAUAUUCAAAUAAGACCAUUUAAAUUGAAAAUCAUUUACAGUUCUUUAAAUUUGUUGUUCUUAAACUUGACUUUUAUAGCAGAGAGCAUGAUACAGAACAUAGUGUACACUUUCCUUGGUGUGGUGUUGAUCUGUCUUAAUUUAGUAUAAAGUCAUAUUUAUUAAAUGACCAUUGUAAAUAGUUUUAAAUAAACCACAUUAACUUUCAAGAAUAACAA